GCGCUUCGAUCGCGAUCGUGUAACCGCGCGUCCGCGUCCGCGACUCCGCGUAAGAUCUUAAGAUGUGAUCCCGAGACGUUCUUUGAGUGUUUAUCGGAAGCCGAAUUUCAACGUGCGGCUCGGCGAGAUUGUUAAGAUAAGACGAAAUACCGAAAUUUUGUUUGAUAUAACAUAAUUUUAUUAGCGUGGAUACAGCAACAUUGGCGCAGCGAAAUAUUCGUAAAUGUAGCGAUAAUGGACAACAUCCACGACUCCGCAUAAGAUCUAAGAUGCGAUCCCGAGCCGUCUUUUUUGAGUGUUUAUCGGAAGGAGAAUCGGAGGCGAAUUUCAACGUGCGGAUCGGCGAGAUUGUUAAGCUUUUGUUGUCGUUGAUUAUUCUGGUCUCCGGGGACGAGAGCCUCGUCGCCGAAAGAACAGCCGACGGCAAUGACGUAUCAUCGCAAGUGACCGCUGUUCUACAAGCACAACCGGGCGCUCAGCAAGUCGUAGGGGAAAAGAGACUAGGGAAGAGAAGCUACGAUUUGCUUUCCGUGCCUUACGUACGCACUUACACUCCCGUGUUGCCGUGGUAUCGAUUGGGCGGAUUGAGUAGCUACGGAUUGUACGGCUACGGUUGGUAUCCGGGCUGGCCGUUGUCAUAUGGCAGUGGUUGGCACGGUGGUUGGUAUAAAGGGUGGUAAAUUUCGGAGACUGGAGUAUGCGACUGACGCUUCGGAGAGUACGCUUCGAUUUUUUGGCACCGUUUUUUCGCAACUUUCGAUAAUUUACGAGUGUCACAGUUAUCGUGAUUCAUAAUGUUCGUCGAGUUGCUUGUGAAUACAUUGAAGAAUGUUUAACAAGGCACAUAUUUACAUUUAUUUUAAAUUUAAAUUUUAUUUGUAAUUGUUAGUGUAGAUACUAUGAAGAUUUUAAAUUCGUGGUGCCAAUUAGUUGUAAUCGUGUGCCAACUGUAAGACGAUACAGCACUUGAUCACUUACACAUAAAGAAAAUGGGAGCAUUAAAAUAAAUAACUCAUACAAGUAGAAGUAGAAA